AUGGCCCAGGGCCUUAGCGGGCGCUGGGCAGUGGUUACGGGUGCGGGCACCGGGUCACCUGGACACGGCCGCAACGGGUGCCGCCCAGCGCCGCGGGGCGCCGGCGGCCACGGCACCGGCAGGCGGCCGGAGCGGCGCGGAGGCGGAGGGGGCCGCGCGGCCCAAAGCGGCAGCGAAGAGAGCGCGCGCGGGGCGCGGCCCGGUGCUGCGAGGCGAGGGGCAGUGGGGAGUGGCGCGAUGGCAUGGCCGCGAGGGGCGGCCAGCACAGAGGCGAGCGAGGGCGCAGGCGUCGGGGAGAAGCAGCACGGUGGGUGCGGCAGCGAGGUGCGUCGCGGGGUCAGGCAUGGCGCGACGGUGCGUGAGUGGGAGGAACAGCGAGCGGGGCUUGGCCCGUGCACCGGCGCGGUCGGGCGCGGCGGAUGGCGUCCGACAGGGGGAGAGGGGAGGCGCGGCGUCUCACCGACGGUUGCAGGGAAAUGGCAGUGGGCGCGGGGAGGACGACGGGGACGAGGCGACGAGCUCGGGGGCGGUUCGGUGACGGAGAGGACGACGGCGGUGGUGGUGCACGGCGACAACGAGCGGGUGCGGCCCAGUGACGAGGGGACGAUGGAGAGGAGAAGAGGAUGA